AUGGUUCGAAACUCGAACCCAUGCCGUCUUCUCAUGUGCCCAGCCCCUGAACGCAGCAUUGACAUACAGGUGACGCUAGAAGCUUUCGUGCAGCUGCUCGUUGAUUUGAGUAGCUUGAUUAUCUCACCGAAAAGCGUUUCGUCAAGGUCUUGCCCAGCAAGUGAAUGUGGUGGGCACGAUUGCGAAGACACGACCGCGGAAGGCACCUCAGACGAUGGGAGUGACCAUGAUGAGUUCGUGCAGCCCAUGUCGCUGUUUCCGACACCCGAGAAUUCGCCGCGCUCCUUGGAGUCCCCGUCGUGGAGCUGGCACUCGCUCGGAGGCCGAGGAGGAGGAGCUGCUUUUUGUGGCGCGGCGGCGGCGGCGCCCGCGGCGCAGAGCCGGACAUGCGAGCGGACUCGCCUGAGCAGCCAAGCGGCGCCCUUCCAACCGCCGGCGGGCGCAGCCCGGGGCCAUGGCCACAGUGGCCACAGCACCGCCUUCUACGCAGUUCCCUCCACCCGCUAUGUGACCCCGGCGCCAGUGCCGUCGAAUCCGUCGACGGCGUGCUCCUACCAAAAGGCGACUUGGAGCUGGGACGAGGCGGCUACCAAAGUACCGCCCGUAAUCCUGGGAUCCGACAUGCUUCCGAGCCUUGGAUCGGGUGGUCACGCCACCGGCGAGUGCAAGCCCUGCGCAUUCUUUUACAAGAAGAGUGGUUGUGCCAGUGGACGGACUUGCCUCUUCUGCCCGGAGCUCAGCUUCAGUCUAGGGGUUGGGCGUGCGAAACGUCGCGGUUCGGCUGCGGACAGGCCACUUGUGCGAGAACGGGGAGAAGAAGCGGCGGCAGCGCGAGAAGCAGCUGCCCGAGAAGAGUUAUGCGCUGUGCAUCAGAGUGAUCGAGCAGCGCAGCCGGAAGAAGCGGAAGCAGCUAUCGGCCGGAUCCUGAUUCAGCUUGUCGGAUUCAACGGAGCGUUGAUGUCACAGGUUGAAAGUGCCUGCGGCUUUCUGCACACCUCCGUUUGCUGCUGCCUGCACGGUUGUCGUGCUGUCCUUUGCCUUUUGUCCAUCGCAAAGUGGCCUGACUCGGCUCUUGCCCGUUUCAAAGCAAAAAUUUUACCUAUGGGGUUCUUGCUGGGGCGCAUGGCAGCCGCAGCCGCCGCAGCCGCAGCGGAUCGAAUGGCUUCCGACUUAGAAGAGGCCUUGGGUGCCCUGGGCCUCCUCCGCUUCCUCCCCAACCUCCAGAACCUUGGGCUCCAAUGCUUGAGCCAGGUGGGCGAGCUCUGGACCUCGGACCUGGCGGAAGCGGGCCUCACUCGCCUGCAGACCCGGCAGCUCCAGAACUGGGCCUCCCGAUCGCGUCGGGCCCGCCGAGCCUUGGAAGCGGACGCUCAAGCGAGGGAAGAAGGAGCCGGAGCCGGAGCGGAGGAAGCGGAGGAAGCGGAAGCGGAAGAUGCGGAAGCUGAGCCGGCGGAGGCGCCGGCUUCCGCUGUCUUCAAGCCUCAGCUUAAGCUCGUGGCGGAAGCGGGAGCGGAAGAGUUCGCGCAGCGGAGGGGCCCUUCUUCUGACCGAGCGGCGAUCGUCUGGGCAGCCCCGGCCAUGGCGGAAGCGGCGGCGGCGGCGGCGGAGGAAGCUCAAACUCCUCCGCUUUCUUCUUCGGCGCCCCCGGCCGCCGCGGCCGUUUCCGCGGCGGCCUCUUCCGCUUUCGUGGCUCCGGCGGAGAGCUUCUUUCGGGUGGACUUGGCUUCCGGCGGCGACUUCGACUCGCCCUCGGCGAAGCUGCCGGAAGCCCUGAGGAGGCGCCUGGAGAUGCGGCGCAGCACGCGGCUGACGACCCGGCUCUCGAAGAGCAAGAGCGAGCAGCAAAGAGAGCAGCAAAGCGAGCAGCAAAGCGAUCAAAGCGAGCAGCUGGAGGCAGAGUGGAAAGCGGCAGAGGCAGAGGCAGAUUGGAAGCAGACUUUCUCGUCACGCCUCGGCCGGACUCGACCGGGGGAGGGGGAGGAGGAGCCGUUCUUUGAGGAAAAGGCCCAGCGGCCGGCCGUUCUGAACCUGAAAACCCCGCGGAAUCGCCGGGGCCCCGCCGCAGCCGCAGCCCAGCCUGCCCAGCCUGCCCCGCAUGCCGCUGCCACGCAUGCAGCUCCGCCUGCGGCUGCUGCCACUGCGGCUUCCUCUUCGCCUUCGGAGCCUCGGCAGAUGUUCGACAAGGUGACGCUGCGCUUGCGACACCGAAAGCUCUUCAUCCCAAGCAUUGAGAACUGGAAGCACCGGCAGACGAACCAGCCCCUACUACCACUGCGUACACCUCGGCGACCUCGUGCCGCAGAGCGCGUCCAGGUCUUUGUUCGUGUUCGGCCCUUCUUUGAGGAAGACCUCGAGAAUGAAGAUUUCGACGUGGUCUCUGUCUCAGAUGAGCGCGUGAUCCUGCACAGUUGUAUGUUCGAGGCGGACUUGAAGACCCCGUCUGUUGUGCGUCACAUCUUCGGCUUCGACCGCGUCUUCGGUCACAUGGUCAGCAACCGCUGCGUCUACGAGCAGGCCGCUGCGCCGGUGGUCGCUGAGUCCUGUCGGCAGAGCGGGGGCGGCGUGGGGCUGCUCUUCCUCUUCGGCCAAACCGGCAGCGGCAAGACCCACACCAUGCGUGCGAUCCACGAGCUCGCGGCGAUGGAGAUCUUCAGCACCGAUCCGGCCCCGAUCGCCGUGGGCGUGCAGUUCUUGGAGCUCCGCGGGGACAAAGCCUUCGACCUCCUGGCAAGCCCAGAAGGAAAGGCGAAGACUUUCCCCGAGCUGCGCCUGCGGGAGCACGCCAACGGCACCUAUCACGCUGAAGGAGCCAUGGAGCUCUAUCCACGCUGUCCAGAGGACAUGCGAGUGGUGCUGGAGACGGCACAUGCUCGACGCAGGACCUCGGCCACAGGAGCGAACGCGGUGUCCUCCCGGAGCCACGGCGUCUGCUUGGUGCGGAUCCAGCAAGCGGAUCCGAAAGGCUCGCCGCAAACCGCCGCGAGCGGGACGAUCGGGAGCCGGCCGAGCCGGCCCGCCGCGCAGAAGGGUCAAAAAGCACCGCCGGGUCUGCUGGUGCUGGUGGACUGCGCCGGCACGGAGCGCAAGAAGGACUCCAGGAGCCACUCCAAGGAGCGGCAGCAGGAGAGCGCGGAGAUCAACGCCUCGCUCUACGCUUUGAAGGACUGCUGCCGUGCCCUGGCCUCCUUGCCCAGGGUCCCGCCUCACACCGUUCGGGCCUCCUCCCUGACGAAAGUCUUGGCACAGGCCUUCCUGCAAGAGAGCAGGCUCGCGGUGAUCUGCACGGUGUCGCCUUGCGCUUCCGACACGGAGCACACGGUGACAACGCUUCGAUUGGGCACCUCUCUUGCGGGAUGCUGUGAGCAAGAGGAGAAGGAUUUCCUGGAGCCCUCAGAGCGGUGCCACGGGCGCCACGGGCCCUCGAAGGGUCCCAAGCAGUGGACGCCGGAGAGCCGCCCCGGGCCCCACUUGAAGCGCGCAUUUGCGUCAGAUUUGCGUCACGCCGCCAGAAGAGAGCGACUUAGAGAAGGAGGGAAGUGUUCAGGCAUAGGCUCACGCAGAUGUGGGACCCAGAACGGCUGA